AUGUCGUCAGGAGCGAUGAUGAGCAGCGGCUGCUCGUCCCCGUGCGAGGUGUCCUGUCCCCAGCCCUACGCGGACGCCUGGAACCAGCCCUGCGUCACCUCCUGCGGGGACUCGCGGGCUGUGGUCUACCCUCCACCCGUGGUCAUCACCUUCCCGGGGCCCAUCCUCAGCUCCUGCCCCCAGGAGAGCAUCGUGGGCACCUCCUUCCCAAUGGGGGCCAUGGGAUCUUCUGGGUCCGGGGGCUCCAUUGGGGGAUCCUACGGAGGGGGCAGCGGCUCCAUGGGUGGAAUUGGGGGAUCCAUUGGAGGUGGUUCCAUGGGUGGAUCGUAUGGAGGCGGCUCCAUGGGUGGAUCCUAUGGAGGCGGUUCCAUGGGUGGAAUUGGGGGGUCCUACGGAGGUGGUUCCAUGGGUGGCUCCUAUGGGGGGAGCAGAUCCUUUGGCUCCGGGGGCUCCUACGGGGGGAGCAGAUCCUUUGGGGGCAGAAGAUCCUUUGGGGGCUCCUCGGGUGGCGGCUUUGGGGGCUCCUGCGGCGGGGGCAGCUCCUUUGGGGGCGGCUCCUGCGGAGGGGGAUCCUACGGAGGGGGCAGCUCCAGCUCCAGGAGGUUCGGAGGAGGAAACUGCGGCUUCUAUUAA